CCUUCAACAACUACUCCUGGGUCCUGGCUCACCACGCACAACUCCUUCGCCCUCGCCGGCGCUGUCUCCCCCACCGGCGCGGCCAUCAUCUCGCCCACCAACCAGGAGGACACCGUCACCGCCCAGCUCAAGAAUGGUGUUAGGGGCUUGAUGCUUGACACUUACGACUUCAACAAUGAUGUCUGGCUCUGCCACUCAUUUGGUGGGAACUGCUACAACAUCACUGCCUUUCAACCAGCCAUCAAUGUCUUCAAAGAAAUCCAGACAUUCCUUGAUGCAAACCCGUCAGAAGUAAUCACGAUUUUCCUGGAAGACUACACCGCUACAGGGUCCUUGCCGAAAGUGUUCAAUGCUUCGGGCCUUAUGAAGUAUUGGUUCCCAGUGGCAAAAAUGCCAAAGAGCGGUGGCAACUGGCCUUUGCUCAAGGACAUGAUCAGCCAGAACCAGCGUCUGAUAGUCUUCACAUCAAAGAAAUCCAAGGAAGCAAGUGAGGGGAUCGCAUACGAGUGGAACUAUGUGGUGGAAAACCAAUAUGGAAAUGACGGUAUGGUAGCAGGCAAAUGCCCCAACCGUGCAGAGUCGCCGGCCAUGGAUUCCAAAAGCCAGUCACUUGUUCUGAUGAACUUCUUCACAACCGACCCGAGCGAGACCGGUGUUUGCGGGAAUAACUCGGCACCACUUGUUAGCAUGCUGAAAACUUGCCAUGCUGCUUCAGGCAAUCGGUGGCCCAACUACAUCGCUGUUGAUUUUUACAUGAGGAGCGAUGGUGGAGGAGCUCCCCUAGCGACGGAUAUGGCAAAUGGGCAUAUGGUAUGCGGGUGUGACAACAUUGCCUAUUGCAAGACCAAUUCGACGUUCGGGACCUGCGUGAUACCGCCACCGCCGCCACCCAGGGCGCCCACGCCCGGCGGCAGAAGCUCAAGAGCAGGCGAUGUGAGCUCGGCAAUGGGAGUAGUGUCUCACCAUCAUUGGAGCUUCUUCCUGGGACUGGCGUCUCUGCUUGUGUUGCUGCUCUGGUAAGAGCUAGCUAGAUUGGUGACCAAUUCAUUGAAGCCUUGCGCUUCCGGCAACUUGAUUGGUUUGCUUUGGUUUGUAACAAUUUUGCCUGAGCUGUAUAUUAUGUUUGAGUUAUUAGUGAGCAGCGUAGAGAGAUCGACACGGAAAUCAAAUUAAAUCAUAUGUAUCAUUCGUUCCUUCAACUUCAAUGGUGUUGUCA